GCCCCACAGUGUGGGUCCAGUUCUGACUUAGCCCUUUGUGUGCAGUUGGAAGGUCCCAGUCCUUAAUUGUUCCUUCUUCCCUUCCUCUCAUCACCAAAACAUGUGAUGAAAGCAGAUAAACAAACAAUGCUCAUGUACACUGUUGAUGCAAAAUGACAUAUCGAUUAUGGAAAACAAGAUGGCGGUUCCUCAGAAAUUCAACACAGAGCUGCUAUAUUAUGCAGCCAUUCCAGUUCUGACUACAUACCCUAAAGAACUGAAACUGGGAACUUGAACAGGUCUUUGCACAUCCACAUUCACAACAGUAUUAUUGAAAUACCCAAAAGAUGAAAACAACCUAAAAUAUCUAUUGACAAGUAAUUACACAGAAGUUGGCAUAUAGUAGCAUUUUAUUCAGCCUUAAAAAGCCGGACAUUCAGACACAUACUACAACAAGGAUGAAUCUUGAAAACAUACUAAACUUUAAAAGGCAGACAUAAUAGGAUAAAUACUGUAUAGUUAUAGCAAAACAUUUUCUUCUGUCUAGUUAAAACUUACUUUGUGUUUGGCAUCUUCUUUGUUAAAUUCUCAACAAUGUGAACUUUCCCCUAACUCAAAUGAAGAAUACUGUCUUUGACUCCCUUUUUCCCUUUGGGGAGAAAACAAAACUAUGCCGCUUAUCUUCACAUCUGUCAUUCGAUGUGGCCCUGAUACUGAUCCCCAGGGCAAGUGUCCGUAUCUUCAUUUUCCAGGUGAGGAAAAUGAGGCUCCCAAAAGGUAAGUGACUUGCACAGCCCUAGAGUGGCUGGCCUGGCCUGGUGGUCAUGUCUUUCGGUCCCUGAUCCAAAAUCUUUCCCAGGCUCCACAAAGAAGCAGAGAAGUAGUGCUUGCUAAGGAGCAACCAGGAGUCCGGGCUGGGCCCUGCAGGGAACUUCUGUUCCUUGCCAAAGCACAAUAGGACAUGGACAAGGCCACAGCUCCUCUAAGAUUGUCUGUAGAAGUCCCCAGGAGGACGUGUGGACUCAGAGUUAAUGGAUCUAACUAAUGCCAUCCCAUGAGCACGUAGGAAAAAUGGGCUUGCCCACCACCAGUGAUGCCCUGCCCUUGCUAUAGCUUGAGUCACCUUCUGUAAACAAGAUGGCGGUGGGGAGUCCCUGAGCCCAUGAAGGGUGAGGCCCCUUCCAGCCCAAAGAUGGGGAACAGCACUGCAGACAAUGCCUCACUGAGCUGUAACAUUGACCACACCAUCCACCAGACUCUGGCCCCAGUGGUCUACAUCACAGUGCUGGUAGUCGGCUUCCCAGCCAACUGUCUAUCCCUGUACUUCGGCUACCUGCAGAUCAAGGCCCGGAACGAGCUGGGCGUGUACCUGUGCAACCUGACUAUGGCGGACCUCUUCUAUAUCUGCUCACUCCCCUUCUGGCUGCAGUAUGUGCUGCAGCAUGACCACUGGUCCCAUGGCGACCUGUCCUGCCAGGUGUGCGGCAUCCUGCUGUACGAGAACAUCUACAUCAGCGUGGGCUUCCUCUGCUGCAUCUCCAUCGACCGCUACCUGGCUGUGGCGCAUCCCUUCCGCUUCCACCAGUUUCGUACCCUGAAGGCAGCUGUGGGUGUUAGUGUGGUCAUCUGGGCCAAGGAGCUACUGAGCAGCAUCUUCUUCCUCAUGCACCAGGAGGUCAUCGAGGACAAAGACCGACACCGCGUGUGCUUCGAGCACUACCCCAUCAAGGCCUGGCAACGCAGCAUCAACUACUACCGCUUCCUGGUGGGCUUCCUCUUCCCGCUGUGCCUGCUGCUGGCCUCCUACCGGGGCAUCCUGCAGGCCGUGCGCCGGAGCCACGGCACCCAGAAGAGCCGCAAGGACCAGAUCCAGCGGCUGGUGCUCAGCACUGUGGUCAUCUUCCUGGCCUGCUUCCUGCCCUACCACGUGCUCCUGCUGGUGCGCAGUGUCUGGGAGGCCAGCUGUGAGUUUGCCAAGAGCAUCUUCAACGCCUAUCACUUCUCCCUGCUCCUCACCAGCUUCAACUGCGUCGCCGACCCCGUGCUGUACUGCUUUGUCAGCGAGACCACGCAUAGGGACCUGGCACGCAUCCGAGGGGCCUGCCUGGCCUUCCUCACCUGUGCCAGGACCAGCCGGGCUCGGGAAGCCUACCCGCUGGGUGCCCCCGAAGCCUCUGGGAAAAGUGGCGCCCAAAUGGAGGAGCCUGAGUUGCUAACUAAGCUCCAUUCAGCCUUCCAGACCCCUAGCUCACCUGGAGCAGGAGGGCCCCCCAUGGUCUAGUCAGGGUCACCCACAUGUGGGGAUAGGUGAGGCCUGAGCCUUCAGACCACCCGUCUUGUGGUCCUGAGUUUGCAUCUGGCUGCCUCCCGCUUUGACCUGGCAGGUGCCUCUUCUGCUGGAGGUAUGGAUGGACUGGGCGCCGACAGGUCUCUCUGGCCCCUGGAGGCCUGCUCCAGCUUGCUGAGGCUGGUGGCACUGUCCAGGAUAGAAUGAGCGCUGUCAGUUCCUGGGCAUCCAGCUGGGGCUGCUAGUGGGAGGGAGGCAGUGACCUGUCACUUCCAGGAAGUUUGUGAAGAGCAGCUGGGAGUGGGAGUGUGGAGUUCGAGGACACAGAGGCUGGGGAGUUGGGAGGUGACAGGGGGACCUGGGUGUUUAUCUGCCACUGCCUUCCAGCAUCACCGUUGUCACAGAUGAUACCUGUGCAAAUGUACGGCUGUUACCUGAUGCUGUGACACACGAAGCUGCAUUGUUGCUGUUAGCACUCGAAAGCCACUUCACAAGGGUGGGCAGGGAAGAUUGGAUGGGGAGAAGGGAGGUGGAGGCAUUUCCGGCCCUGGGGUGAAACAGAAACCCCAUUUCCAGCCACACCAUGCUGUACAGAGUGAGGUGAGGAGAUCCCUCAGUUCUGCAGGCUAAUGGCAGACAAAGUCCAGGGCUCCUGGGGAGAUGCCUGGGCUCCUUCCAAUAGUCAGUUUGUCCUUAACCAAGUUCUUGACCCAUUUCUGCUACUUAGCUUUCUGUUUAUACCUGCCCCAAAGUGCCAGACCAGGGGUCUGGAGUGGGGACACACACACACACACACACACACACACACACACACACACGGAGAAGGAGCGAGAGAGAGAGAGAGAGAG